AACUAGCAUCUUCCAGAGGUGUGCCAAUAGGCUGUGGAUUAUUCUGACCUGUUGGGCAUGGACGUGAGGAGCCGGAGAGCAACCCAACCAUCAUACUAAAUGGGAUAUUGCACUUGGAGCUGAGGAAAUCAGAUAUUCUGAUCACCUGAAAGUGGUGAUGAGGCAGCUCCCAGGAGGAUAACUGGGGUGAAGUGUGAAUAGAUACUACACGGUCAGGCAGAUAACAAGCAAAAUAGAAACCAUGAGAAUCAAAAACUUUGGACUUCUUUGUGUGUUGAUUCUGGUCUCCCAGAUGCUACUAACCAGCUGUGAAAGACAGAAGGAAAGAAAAAAAGGAAGACAAGGCAUAGAAAACAGUGGAAAAAAACAAACUGAAUCAAAUCAAGAGAAAGAAAAAGGGCGGAAGCCAAAAGGAGGAAAAGCAUCUCCUAAAGGCAAAUUUAAAACCAAAGAAAAUGCUGAGUGCACCUGGGCAGUGACCAGCGUGGAUGCUGCUACCGUGCGAGUCGAGUGCAUGAACGGCGACAGCAAGUUCUGGUGCGAGUUCUCUGGGGACCCUUCCACCUGUCCGCACUACGCAGCAAACCAGAAAUCCUACUGGAAGCAAGUCUCCCGCUCCUUAAAGAAGCAGAAGCAGAUCUGUCAGGACCCCAGAAGCAUCCUCAAAUCCAAAGUGUGCAGGAAAGGCCCACAAAGUGCUCACCUCAAACUGACAAGCUCAAGCCUCCUGGCGUCAGUGGGUCCUGCGAAAGGGGAUGCAACCCACCACAAAAAAGAAGUGGCACAGGUCCCAGCCGCUGCCUCUGAGCCUGGAAAACAGCUAGAGCACAGCUCCCAAGACUGUGUUGAAGACGUUGAUUAUAUUGAUCAGAAGAAGGUGGCUGAGGAAUACUGUCCAGAAAGUCUGCUUUCCUUCUGCAACUUUUUUAUAACAAUGGUGCAAGACAAAAAAUGCUGAGGACGUGUUUGUAAAUCCCCGUGUCAUGAAAUUCUUAUCUCAACUAAGCUACUGCAAACUCGUCCA